UUGAAUUUUCCACAGCUUACACUGAAUUCAACAAUUGACACAGACUAUGACUUAAAUCUAUGAAGAACCGCUAAUGGACCAAGUGCUUUCGACUUUUAUGCUUACGGGCUUAUAAGUUACCGGCAAUGGCAAAUCUAUUUAUUUAAAAAAUAGAGGAAAUAGUAGUAUUUUCUAACGAAUGGAAGAGAUUCAAAUUACUAGAACAAUAUCUAACAAAUCUGGUUUAUAUAUAUCCGGACAGACAUUAAUCUAGCAAGUGAAUUUAUUGUGGCCACAGAGUAGAAAAUAUUAAUCAGUUUGUCAGAUAGCAAUUGAUAUUUGACACUAGGUUUCAAAAUGUUAUCUUAAUAAAUACGAUAUUAUUUAGAUAUUGUUUCCUAAAUGAAUUUAUGAAUAAAACUACUUCAAUGCUUUAAAUUUUAAACUUUUAUCUACUAUGUUGAAUGAAGCAUUCCUUUCGGGAAUUUGGUCCUCAGCGGGUAACGUGUUAGGAAAAUUAGCCGGAACACAAUCGGUAGUGGGUGAUAGCUAUGUGCUAUGGGCUACAAUAUUACUUACAAUGGUGCUGGUUAACACAUGGAGCCUUAGACAUUACAUGAGGUCUCUUGAUGCAGCUUUUACCACUGUUGUACCUACAGUUAUAUCCUCUGCAUCUAGUUAUGUUUUAUCAGGCUUGAUUGGCAUAUUUCUGUUUAAUGAAGCAACUUCACUAAAAUGGUGGAUGGGUGCAAUACUUAUUAUUAUUGGACUUGUUUUGAUUACUUAUCCCAGAAAAUAAGUUAUAUACUAUAAGUUAAAUACUAUUAAUUAGUCCCAAUGAAAUCUUUGAUCUAUUUAACAUGUGUAUUUUUUUGUUUGUCUAUAAAAUAUAAGAAUUCUGUGAUGAUAGACUAAGGAAUAUAUUUAUAUCUCAAUAAAUAAAAUAUUUUAGUUAUCUUUUAUAAAAUAAUUUAACU